AUGGCCGACACCUCCCCCGUGACCAACCGCAAGCAGGUGGCCAUCCUGGACUUCGGCUCGCAAUACAGCCACCUUAUCGCACGUCGUGUGCGUGAGUUGCACGUAUUCUGCGAGCUCUACUCGUGCCUGGUGAGCGCCGACGAGCUGCGUCAGCACCAGCUCACUGGUAUCAUCCUGUCUGGCGGUCCGCAGUCCGUCUUCGAUGAGGGCGCUCCCCACGUGCACCCGGAAGUAUGGAAGCUUAUCGAGGAGCAGAAGCUGCCUGUGCUUGGUAUCUGCUAUGGUCUCCAGGAGCUGGCCUUCACCAACAACGGAAAGGUGGCUCCGUCGCAGCACCGCGAGUACGGCAAGGCCAUCGUGACCCGCAAGAACGGCGUGGACUGCGGUGGUCUGUUUGAGGGCCUCCCGGACGAGUUCCAGAUGUGGAUGAGCCACGGCGACAAGCUGCACCAGAACCCGGACGGAUUCGUGGACAUCGCGACCACCGAAAACUCGGAACACGCCGCCAUCGUCAAUGUGGCACGCAAGUUCUACGGCAUCCAGUUCCACCCGGAGGUGACCCACAGCCCGCGCGGCAAGGACAUCCUCCGUAACUUCGUGGUCAACAUUUGUAACUCGCCCACGGACUGGGACAUGCGCAGCAUCGCCGACGCCUUCAUCGAGGAGGUGCGCGAGACCGUCGGCCCCGAGGGUCACGUCAUUGGCGCCGUCAGUGGUGGUGUCGACUCCUCCGUUGCUGCCGUGCUGUUGCAGCGUGCUCUGGGCGACCGCUUCCACGCUGUGCUCAUCGACAACGGCCUUUUGCGUAAGGAUGAAGCCACGGAAGUCGUUGACCGCCUGCAGACUAAGCUGGGAAUUAACCUCAAAUGCAUUGACGCCUCGGACCGUUUCCUGGCUGCUCUGAAGGGUGUCACUGAGCCUGAGACCAAGCGCAAGACGAUCGGCAACCUUUUCAUUGAGCUGUUCCAGGAGGAAGCCGAGCGUAUCGGCCACCCUGUGGACUUCUUGCUGCAGGGAACGCUGUACCCUGACGUGAUUGAAAGCAUCUCGUACAAGGGCCCGUCGGCCACGAUCAAGACCCACCACAACGUCGGUGGACUUCCCGAGAAGAUGCAUCUGAAGCUCAUUGAGCCGCUUCGUGAGUUGUUCAAGGACGAGGUUCGUGAGCUCGGAAUGGCUCUCGGCAUCGACGAGCCCAGUGUGUGGCGCCACCCGUUCCCGGGCCCCGGCCUUGCCAUCCGUGUGCUUGGCGAGAUCACGCCCGAAGCUCUGGAGACUCUGCGUCACGCCGACUCGAUCUUCAUUGAAGAGCUGCGCAACAGCGGCCAUUACAAGACUACCGGUCAGGCCUUCUGCGUCCUGCUGCCGGUCAAGUCUGUGGGUGUUAUGGGUGACGGCCGCACGUACGAGAAGGUCGUUGCUAUCCGUGCUGUCAGCACGUCGGACUACAUGACUGCCGACUGGUACCACAUGCCGUACGAGGUGCUCGGCCGCAUGUCGAACCGCAUCAUUAACGAGGUGCGUGGCGUCAACCGCGUCGUAUACGACAUCUCGUCCAAGCCGCCUGCCACCAUUGAAUGGGAGUAA